AUGGAAAACCAUCAGUACGGAUACGGUGGAAGAGAUCCUUCCUUCGACCAACGGGAUGGUGCCGCUGGUGCUUAUUCCCCGCUUGGUGAAAGGGACCAGUCUCCCGCCCCCUACGCCGGAGGCAAUUAUGGAGGAAACAAUAUGGAGAUGAGCUCAAUUACCACUGGAGGCUUACAUGGCGGUGACCCGACUGCAAUCCUGAACGAGUGUCGAGACAUCGACAAUGGAAUCGAGCAAAUCGAAGCAAAUCUACGCGAGCUACGAAGACUGCAGGACCGCUGCCUCGCUGAGGCGGAUUCAUCCGCUAGCUCAUCGAGUCGGCAGCUAGACACACUCAACACGGAGACCAUGGCCUUGUACCGCACCAUAACUGAUCGCGUCCGCAAAAUCAAGUCGAGCCCUGAGGGCCGCCAGCCUCGAAACCAGGCCCAGGUUGGCCGCGUUGACCGCCGGUUGCGACAAGCAAUUCAAGACUAUCAGGGCGUCGAAUCCUCGUUCCGCAAGAAGAUGCAGGAGCAGAUGGCCCGCCAGUACCGCAUUGUGCGCCCAGAUGCGACCGAGGACGAGGUCAAGGCCGCCGUCGAGGACACUACCGGAAACUCGCAGGUUUUCCAGCAGGCAUUGAUGCAGAACAAUCGCGUGGGCGAGGCGAGAGCUGUGCUCAGUGCUGUCCAGGACCGUCACAAGGCUCUGCAGAGGAUUGAGCAGCAAAUGGUCGAGUUGGCGCAGCUGUUUGAGCAGUUGAACACGUUGAUUGUGGAACAGGACGUCAAGAUUCAGGCUAUUGAGCAGACGAGUGAGGAGGUGGUUGACAAUCUCGACAAAGGCAAUGAGGAGAUCGAAGUGGCUGUCCAGACGGCGCGGGCCACCCGCAAGAAGAAGUGGAUGUGCUUGGGUAUUUGCGUGGCCAUUAUCGUUGUGAUUGUUAUCAUUGUGGUGGUAUAUGUUGUCGUCACCCACCCUCCAGGCGGCGGAAAUUCAUCGGCGCAAAACACGAAGCGUGGUCUUCUGCAACGAAGCUUUACCGAUGAUCUGCAGAUGAACAACGCCCGAGCUAUCCAGAUUGCCGCUCCCAUGGCCGGCCCCAUCUCUCGUAUCCACAGACAGUCAAACUACGUCGUCCCUGAUAGUGCCGACUCGGAGUCUCUUGUUAAGAGGCUCUCACCGGAAGGGUUCGACCGCAUGAUUUCGCCCUACAAACAAGCACCUGCAGGAGCGACAAACGCGAAACGAUUUGUAAUCACAGACGAAAUCCUCGAGUUUAUGGAACAGAAUAACGCGGUGGCUUCUCGCGGCCCCCAUAGGGCCGGAAAGCGCUUCGUCAUCACGGACGAAAUUCUGGAAAGUAUGAGAGGCGGCCAAGUGGCAGACCAUAAAAAGUUUGUUCCGGGUCAUCAUAACGAUGCGAAGGAUGGCAAAUGAUUGCUCUCAUUUACCUCAACUAUUUGCGAUAUCAGGUUUUGCAAUGUCGGGUUUGGCCAUGCGCACGCUUUGCAACCUCGCAAUCUAUCUUUUGCGCCUUUUCUCCCUUGCAUCUCUGGGGAUCGACAUGAGUUUGUGGAGUUAAGAGGGGGCGGUUUCUUCGUUUCUACUGUCAUGUAUUUUGCGUUCUCUUCUGCACGCAGGUUGGCCGUUGGAUAUACAACGGAAGGAAUCGGGCGGUCAAGUAAGUGGCCGCUUGAAUCAUGUGUCUUGCUUCGAAGAGGAUCGUAGCGAAGGUUAGGCAGGAGUUGCUGGUAAACUCUGCUCGACCAUGCCAUAUUGUGAAACCUCAUACUCGCUUCGGAACCUCGGUGUUUAAACAUCAGCCAAGGCAUUCAUAAUGAACAAGAUCUUACUUCCAACAG